AUGUCAGUAACAGGAAGUGAUUCAUUGAGGGUGACUGAGGUGGCUCUGGUGCCUGUCUCUGGAUCUGGGGCUGUAAAUGGAACCAUGGAGGUAUUAGGAGGUGAGGACUUCCUGGUAACGGUAGAUGAACUGCCAGUGGGAAACUUCAUCAUCCAUCUGAGGGGGGAAACCAGUGGGGCCUCCCGGUCCUCCCCCAUCCUCUUCCUUAGGCAGUCCUCUACACAGCUCAGGGCCUCCAGGGUGGCUGUGACGGCCUCAGUAAACGGCACUUUGGAACCUGGAGCAACCAUUACUGUGCCCUUCACAGUGGAAACCAACACCACAGCAGGUAGCUAUACCAUCCGAGUGAGGAACGACCGCGGCUUCAGCGUGUCCUUCCCCAGCAGUGUGACUCUGGAGGCUGAAGGCCGUGCUGAGGGCACAGUGACUCUCACAGCUCCGUCAGACACCCCUUCAGGCACCGACGUCACGCUGACCAUCGAGGCAGAAGCUCCUGGAGCCACCGACUCCAACUAUGUUGUCAUUAGCUUUGCUGUUGCCACUAAGGUGACUGACUUCACCCGUCCUGUGUGCCAAGUGGACCUCACUGCCAACUGUCCACAAGACUGCAGCCAGGCUACUUGGCAGCUCUCUGCCAACCUGACUGAUGGCAAUGGGACAGGCAUUGUUCUUGUAACACUCCAGCAGGGCAAUGGCACCCUCAGCACCAGCUCUUCUGGUACAGGCAUCUCUUUUGCGUCCUACAGCGCCUCCUGCUGUUCUGAGGUGGUGGAACUGGUCAUGGUUGACGACGUGGGCAAUGCUGGUGUCUGCUCUGCUUCAAUUAGAGGCCUCUCCUCUGCCACCACCCCUCAGACUCCCACAGCCAACGCCACAGUGACGCAGAUAGCCACCACCUCCAGUGCAGUGCACUGCCUUAACCUCUCCAUCUGGCUGUGGCCCAUAGUUAUGCUCCCACUGCUUUAUCUCAAGGUCUAG